AUGUCUCGCUUGGCCCGGAUCCGCCUCACCUCCACCGACAGCGACUCCACCUCCCUCAGCGGCUACCGGAACUCCACCACGUCUCAGGACCUGGUGGACUCUGACGUCAUCAUGUCUCCGCUCAGCCCACGGAGUCCGAAGAGUCCCUUCAGCCCGCGAAGCCCCAAGAGUCCCUUCAGCCCCAAGAGCCCUGCCAGCCCCAUUAGCCCUCGAUCUCCUCGGGGCUCCAGACCCUGCUCGCCGUCGCCGCUGGCCAGCCCGGUGCGUGGUGGGAACCUGGCUUAUCUGGCGUCACGAAGGUCGUCCAGAGAUAGUGAAACUGGGGAACUUCCGCCCUUAAGCUACGCCAGGUACAAGCAGCGACGCCGGUCCAACUUCUUAGAACUACCAACCCCCGACCACUUCCGCCCCCGCGUGUGCUCGCUGCCGGAGAAGCCGUACAACCCGAGGGACGCCGAGGAGCUCUACCGCCUCAGGUCCUUCGCCAUCACCUCCAAGGGCGUCGUCAACCGAGGGGACUCCAUCAUCUCCAAAAGGUCGCGCUCCAACACCUCCGUCUGCUCCACGAACUCGAGACCCUCAAGUCGCAGCGGAAGGAGCGGGGAGAGGUCGCCCUUCGAGGGAUCCUGCUGCGGGUCAUCCUACGUCUCCUCUGAGUCCUCCUUGGAAAUCACCAAGUACAGGGUGGUGAUGUUGGGGGAAUCAGGUGUGGGCAAGACAUCACUGGUGACGCAGUUCAUGACGUCAGAAUACAUCAAUACCUACGACGUUUCACUAGAUGACGAAUUCGGCGAAAAAAGCGUGUCAGUCCUGCUGGACGGCGACGAAAAUGAGGUCACUUUCAUAGACCAUCCAGCGCACGAGAUGUCUGUCGAGAACUGCCUCUCCACCUACGACCCCCAUGCGUGCGUGGUCAUCUACUCCAUCACGGACAAGAGCUCCUUCAAGAAAGCCGAGGACAUCCUCAACUACUUGUGGCGAGAGGACUACACCAAGGAGAAGGCGGUCAUCCUCGUGGGAAACAAGGUCGACCUCGCACGAUCCAGAGUUGUCAGCACGGAGGAGAGCAAGGCGUUGGCUUCCUGUCACGACAGCAAGUUCAUAGAGACGUCGAGUGGGAUUCAACACAACGUUGAUGAACUCCUUGUUGGCAUCGUCAAGCAGGUGCGGUUGCGUCUGGCGGCCCAGAGGAAGCGCCUCAAGAAGAUGUCCUCCUCCAAGACGUCGCUGAGCCUCCACGCCGCCAAGGAGCUCCUCAGCAAGAUGUGUCUCCUCGACAACAAGUCCAAGUCGUGCGAGAACCUCCACGUCUUGUAG